UUGUCAACCUUGAAGUUUAAAGAGGAUGAAGAAAAACUAGAUACUUGUCAGUUUUCAGUCAGCUGUAGAAAGAAACUGUAGCAGGUCUUUUUUCGGUUGAAAAUGAGAUUUUUAUUUUGUUGCAUUUUCUCCGUUUUGAUUUUUCAGACAGAAGGAGUAUUGACAAAAUGCAGCAAGCCAGUUGAUAUUGUAUUUGCCAUAGAUACAUCGGCUAGUAUCUGGAUUGUCAACUUUCCGAAGCAAAUACAAUUCGUCCGUGAUGUGGUCAGUGAGUUGAACAUUGGGUCUGGUAUCGACAAAAGUCGUGUGGCAGUGGUAACAUUUAGCAAAGAUGUGAAAUUAGUAUUUGAUUUCAACCAAGGACAAGACACUGAUACAGUCACAAAAGCAGUAGACGAAAUAGUGCACGAUACAGGUGAUGCAACCAGGACCUACAAGGCACUUCAAAUGGUACAUGAACAAGUCCUUGCCCCAGGGAAUGGUGAAAGACCAGAAGUUGAAAAUGUCGUUGUAGUCCUGACUGAUGGAGUGACAAAUUCUGGAGGUUACGAUAGUUACACGAAUGGCGGUAAAGAUCAGACUUUAGAUGAGGCUAGGACUGUCCGUAAUCUGCCAGCUCAUCUUUUUGCGAUCGGAAUAGGACACGGGGUCAAUAUGGAAGAGUUGAAACACAUGGCCAGUAUCCCGGAUACUACAUACGUCAUUACUGCUAAUGACUUUGAAGAACUCAACACUGACAAUAUAAAACAGAAGCUUAUCAACAGAACUUGUGAAGUUGUUGUGCCACAAGCCACCAUUCCUCCACCACCAGCAACCACUACUAAGCCACCACCAAAAGAAGAACCAAAAGAAUGUUAUGAAGCCAGGGCAGACAUAGUUUUCGUUCUGGAUCAGUCUUCAAGUAUCAAAACGUAUGAAAACUUCCAAAAAGAACUCGAGUUUGUAAGAGAAGUUAUCGAUCGGAUCGAAAUUGGACCGACUAAAGCCCAGGUGGGACUUAUGAAAUUCAGUACAGACGCAACUACAGAGUUCCAUUUAGGGGAUCACACAACAAAAACAGAUCUGGUAAAUGCAUUAUCUAUGGUGAAGUGGGAUGGAGGAGAUACUUAUACAGAUAAAGCUAUAAACAUGUUGAUUGAUAGAGGCUUCAACAAAGUGUUUGGCGCCAGAGAAAAUGUACCUCAAAUUGCUAUCAUUUUAACUGAUGGAGGGUCUACAAAAGCAUCGCUGACAGAAGAAGCUAUUGACAGGCUGAAAACAACAGACAUUAUAUCAUUUGCUAUUGGGGUUGGAGAAAAUAAAACUGAUAAGAUGUUAGAAGAAUUAACGAACAUUGCAACUUCUGACGACCAUUUUUUCGAUGUGGACAAUUUAGACCGACUUGUUGAUAUCAGGAAGAACUUGGUUAAUGUUUUGUGUGAAGAUGCAGGGGAAAAUGACGAAGACAAGCCACAGAAAAAUGAAGAGUGUAAAGAAACAAUUGCAGACAUCAUGUUUCUACUUGACGGAUCGACCAGUAUCAAUAACCAAGAGACCUUUGACAAAGAACUUGAUUUUAUUAUCAGCGUCAUUGACGAGAUGGACAUCGGUAACACCCAAACACAGAUUGCCCUUAUGCAGUUUGCCAGUGGUACUAAAGUAGAAUUCCUUUUCAAUAAAUAUGACAACAAGGCAGACGUAGCAACUGCUAUCCAAAGUGCCAAAUGGAUGCAGGGUAACACAUACCUGAAUUUGGCACUUGAUAAAAUUGUACAAGUAUCGACCAAAAAAAAUGGCUUUAGAGAUAAUGUACCUCACAUAUUAGUACUCAUCUCGGACGGUGUAUCUACAAGACGUUCUUAUACCAUGAAAGCGAUAGAGAGAUUGCGGGCACAAACAGAUUAUAUUGUUUUCGGAAUAGGUGUCGGGAUGUAUCUUAAUAUGGAAGAGUUAUCUCAGCUAGUUUCAGAACCAAAACAAGAUCACCAAUUCCAUGUUGAUAAUCAAGAUUCACUGCCACUCAUCAGAAGUCAACUUACUACAAGGCUCUGCGCAGCUGAUGAACCAAUACCAGCACCAGAGGUUUGUAUCGACAAAAAGGCAGAUAUCGUUUUCAUUGCUGAUGCAUCUACAAGUAUUGGUAUAACAGACUUUGGAAAGCUUAAAAGUUUUAUGAAGAAAGUUAUAAGUAAUUUUGAAAUCGGUUCAGACAAGAUACAGAUUGGACUUGUCACAUUUUCAAAUUCAUCAAAAACGGAAUUUCCACUGAAAGCGUACAGUGCAAGUGAUGAGCUAGAUAAGGCGAUAGAUGAUGUCCAUUAUACGCAAGGUUUGACCUUCACACAUUUGGCCUUGGAGGAAGUGUUAAAAUAUGGUUUUACGACAGAAGCAGGUGCACGAGUUGAUGUCCCACGUAUUGUUGUGAUUGUAACUGAUGGUUGGUCUAGAGACCCUACGAAAACACUUAUAAAUGCACAAAAAGUCAAGGACGCAGGAAUAAUUAUGUUUUCAAUAGGUGUUGGCCACUAUCUAGAUGAAGAUGAACUUAAAGCCAUGUCUUCUGAUCCGGUAGAAAAUCAUUCAUUUAUGGUAGAAGAUUAUAGCGCCUUAGAGAGUAUUCAGAACUCUGUGGCCUCCAAAGUUUGCACGGUGAACCCAUCAGUGAGGCCUGUACAACCGAUAAUUGACCCGAGCAGAGUAAAUAGUAUCUUUGGACCUAAAAGGAAUAACUUCAUAAACAAAGCAGAAAGGAGAAAGGAGAAUUUAGAUCAAGAAGAUAUAUUGUCUCUUUUGGAAAAGGCACUAAAAAGACGACUUGACAGGAACGAUUGAACUUUUAGAAUGUAGAAUGAAAAAUUAGAUAUAUUAGCCGAACUAUGAACACAGUACAAGCUUUUAGAAACUUAUAAUUAUAAUGCACAUUGUUUUAUACAUUUAUAAACCUACAUCAUAGUGAUUUUUUUCAGAAUUUAAUUCAAUAUAUGUUUUUUUAAUUAGGUUUGUAAAAUUUGUGUAUUUGUAUAUAAUAUUUUGUCUAUUGUACAUUGGCAUACUUGAUAUCUUCAGUGGAAAGUAAUUCUCAUAGUUAAUGUGUGUGAUUAUUGUAAUAACAUGUAGAAGAAUGGUGAUAUUUGUUUAUAACAUUUUGGCUCUGUCAUGUUAGUUAGUCUGCUGGCUUUCGACGUAAGAACGACAUCUGUGAUAGCAGCACUGGACCUUUACAUCACGUGGAAACUAGAUGUGAACAAUGCUAUGGUGAAAUAUGGCAUUGUUGUCGGUGUAUUGACAGGUCUGGAUCAACUGGCGACUGGCACAUAUAAAUUUCGAAGCUCCAUUUUAUAUAGCAGUUCGUUUUGCUCUAUCAACCUUACUUUCUUAGCGAAAAAAAAUAUCCAAAUAUGGUAACGAUCCUAGUUAGGGACAAAAUGUUAGGUUAUUUAAGUAACAGUUUUUCUUUUUCACAUUUCCCAUUUUUAAAUCAAUAAAUUAAUUUUCAAAUAUUCUUUUAUUUACUUGUUCCCCUAAAGAAUAUUAAGCAGUUGACAACCGAAAUUGUAAACACUAUAAUAUAAUCUGAUUAUUUAGACAUUGAUCCUAAGCACAACAUGAGUUUCUUUGAACUUCUUUUCUCUAGUACUUUUGUCUGAAAGAAUAUAUGAAGUAGGUACAAAUAUUGAUAAAGAAAAAGUUUACCUUUCUGAAACAACAUACAAGGUAUAUAAGUAAUAACUCUUACACCCUGAAUGUCCAAAUAUUAUGUCAAAUAUUAUCACUAAUGAUUAUAAGUUUUGAAUCGCAUUUAUUCUUUUUUUAUAAAGCAGCAAUAUUUCCUUUG